GUUUUUUCAAUAGAAAUUGAGAAAAUGCGCGUUCGCGCGACGGGGGCCCUUCACUGCAGGCGAGCUUUUCUCGGAACAACAGCGGCGGCUGUUACUCGGAGCUUAAAAACAAUAAACACUUAAGUCGUCUUUAUGAACUCAAACACCAAACUUACUUACAACAACACAGAGUAAUGAAGUUAUACACGAAGAUCUCUUUACUCUUUAUCAUCUCUUUUUUCAUCAACGGUGUGUUUGGUGAUGGUCAUGAGAGUUUGAUAGUGAAUGAAGGAGGAUCUGUGACUCUACACACUCAUCUUACUGAACUACAGACAGUUGAUCUGAUACAUUGGACGUUUAAAGGUGUUCUCAUAGCUAAUGUCAACAGAGUGUUCGACAGAGAUCCAGUUUAUGACUCUGAUGUGAGAUUUACUGACAGACUGAAGAUGAAUCCUCAGACUGGAGAUCUCACCAUCACAAACAUCACAUCUGAACACACUGGACUUUAUCAACUAGAGAUCAUCAGUGAAAAGACAGAAACAAUGUUUCAAACAUUCAGUCUCCGUGUGUUUGGUGAGGAGACUGAGAGAGUGUCAGUGAAUGAUGGAGGAUCUGUGACUCUACACACUCAUCUUACUGAUCUACAUACAGAUGAUGUGAUAGAGUGGUGGUUUAAAGGCGAUCGCAUAGCUAGAAUCAACAUAGAGGACGAGAACAGUGAUCAAUUUUAUUACCCUGAUGAGAGAUUUACUGACAGACUGAAGAUGAACAAUCAGACUGGAGAUCUCACCAUCACAUACAUCACAUCUGAACACAUUGGACUUUAUCAUCUAGUGAUCAUCAGAGGAAAUAUCAUCACAAAAACAUUCAGUCUCCGUUUGUCUCCUAAAGUGAAGAUAGUAAAAGAGAGAGAUUCUGUCUCUCUACACAUUGAUGUUACUGAGAAACAGAGAAAUGAGAAGAUACACUGGAAGAUCAAACACAACAACUUUCCUGUAGCUGAAAUCAUUACAGAGAAUGGAAAGAUCUCAACACCUUUUAUUGAAGAGAGAUUCAGAGACAGACUGAAGCUGGAUGAUCAGACUGGAGAUCUCAUCAUCACACACAUGAAGAAUGAAGACUCUGGACAGUAUGAAGCAGAUGUCACCAUUGGGAACAACACGCACACAAUACACAAGACAUUCAGUGUCACUGAGUCAGCUGGAGGUCUCUCUUCAGGUGCUAUAGCAGGGAUAUGUGUUAGUGUUCUACUGGUCAUCGCUGCUGCUGCUGUUGUUGUUGCUGGUGUGAUUUACCAACGUCACAGAUCGUCAAAUUCAGAAACACAAGAGGGUUCCAACAGUGCAAGUGAGUUAGAAGCCAUAAAUGAGAAAUCCAUCAGCUUCAGUGUUGUGGCGUCUUCAGUCUGCUGUUCAAAUGCUCAUCAAACUCACCCUCCAUCUGCAAGCUCUCUGGCGUCUAUCACAGCGGAACUCACCUAGGUUAAAAAGAUUUCAGUAAAAAUGUCCAUUGUUCUCGGUUACAAAGAAGUACAGGAAAUCAGCCUAUUUGAACAAGUACACAGUAGGAAAGUUUUAGAGGUGUCGUGAAGUGGCCUUUUUAUUAUUUUUAUACUGUCUGAGGUCAACUCUUCUGAUAUUCGUGUGGUUUUUACAUUCAAAAACUCAAAAAUUUUUUUUUUACGGGCGGUCCGCAUUAAAGACUUAGUAGUUAAUGCCCACUGCUAUGAUUUGAUGACGAUACUGGUGGACACGUAAUGUAGGUUACACAUAAUCAGGGCAUAUCAAAUGAUCUCGAACAAAGCAAUAUUGACGCAUAGUACAAAUAUCUUUAACUUGCACAAGAUUGCUGCGCCAUUCCUGUCGGAUGCAAUAUUGAAGGUACUGCAUUGCCUUUUAUUCUCAGUCUCUCUGCAAAUCCAGUGUUUACCUGUGCCUUGUUUACAAAGUUAAAUGAACCAAACAAGUUAAAAUUGAUUUCUUAAUCACGACAUCUUUAAAAGUACGCAAACUGAGCGCAUUAACAAUACUUGAAUUCCUGGAAUACUUGUAGUGCCUUACACUCUGACCGUUACAUUACCACUAAAGUGUCAUAUAGCAUGGUAGGAACAUGAAGGAAACGUGCAUUAAAUAUAAUUGAAAUAUAUAAUAUAUAUAAUAGAUGUGUAUAUAUAGAGAAAUUUAAUAGGAAAUCGACUUGGGUAUUAGGUUUUCAAUGUUUUGACUCUAAUGGCUACCUGAACAAUUUUCAGUUUGUUUUUUGUCUUUGUGCUGUAAAAACUGACGUUCUGCCUUUGACACUACUUUUGCCUUUGUGAGUUUGUUAAUGAUUGUAUGUUGUCAGGUACAGUUUUUUUUUUUGUUGGAUUGACUGCUGUUCAUUUCAAACCCUUGACAUAAUCAUUUAGUUUGUUUGAGAAAUUUAGUCGUUUUGGGGAAAUAAUGUGAUGUGAAUACCUAAAAAAUGUGAAUACCUCAAAAUUUGAAUCACAACUUCAUUAAAGGAAAUUAGUGAAAGGGAGGGGUUACUUGUGACCAUAGGUACACUAAAGGUGCUGCUACAAAAGGUUCUUUACAGUGAUGCUUCCCCAAAGAACCACUUAAAAGUGCCUAUUUAUCACAAAUUGGUGUGAUUCUAUAUGGCCUCUAACUGCACACUCCUGCCAAAGCACUGUUUAUUAAUCACCAAACAAAUGUCUGUAACAAACUUCACUAUUUUGAGACAACUGAAAUCGACUGUGCCAUUGACUGACUGAAACCUGGUCGGUCUCGAACCUUGAAACCUUCCAAUGCCUCAUUCGCCAUGUACUGAAAAUUGAAACUGCUGGGUGACACAGGUGCCUGUGUUUUCUUCACAGCUUUUCUAAACUGUCAAACUUGCCAGAAAAACAAAAAUGCCAAGUAUUCAGCACUUUCGCGUUCGACUGAACAUCCGACUGUACUUAACCCAAAAGGGAAUUCAGUCAAUUAAGCUAGCUUUUGUUUUGUUUUGUUAGAGUAGUUUUAACCAGUACGUCUUUGUAAUAGCUAUUACUACAUACUUAGGAAACGUUUGGUUCUUUUAGUUAUUUGAUGGUCUUAUACAACUUUGUUGUUGUCAUUGUUUUGUUGUUUAAAUAAGCCAUAUUAUUAUUAUGUGUUAUUUUAUCACUAAUAUGCAAAUUCAGAUCAAACAUAUUUAUUUUAAGCAUUGAGUUAUUGUGAAUGUAAAUGUAUUAUACACCGUAUUGAUGUGUAACAAUAAACUCAUGCCAUUUAUAAAUUUGAGCAUGUAUUUUUGUAGUUCCUCUAUGACUCCAACUUAAGUAUCUGUACAACUUAAUUUUUGAUGUUUCAAAAUGUUUAAAGUUAAUUGAUAUUUGAUAAUAGAGAGAAAGAAUAUGCUUCAA